AUGUCAGACGUCAAAGUCGAGCAUGUUCCGGCCAGCCACUUGCCGGCAGGCACCCACAAACCGAAUAGCUUCCUGCCAGUGCGGGCAUGCAUCUUCGACAUGGACGGUCUUCUCAUCGACUCGGAAGACAAGGUCGCCGAGACCCUCAACGAAAUACUAACUCGCUACGACCGCCCGCCGCUGACCAGCCGCAUGCGCUGCCAACUGAUGGGCGUGCCGGGCUCGUCCAACAGCGACCUGUUCCACGACUGGGCGCAGCUGCCCAUCCCCCGCGAGCAAUACGCCCAGGAAUCGCACCACCUCAUGUACACGAAAUUCGCGCAAUGCAGGCCGCUACCAGGCGCCUUUGCGCUCGUGUCCAAACUGUCAGGCGCCCGCGGCCAACCCCCCCACAGCAGGGUCGAAUUGGCCGUCGCGUCGACCAGCUCCGUGGCGUCCUACCGGCGCAAGAUGACGCAGCCGGAAACGAGUGCGCUCAUGGGCCUGUUUCCCCAGGAGCGCAUCAUCUUGGGAAACAACCCGUCCAUGCCGCAGCAUAAGAAGAAACCGGCCCCGGAUGUCUACGUGAUUGCCCUUGAGGUCCUGAACGAGACGCGGCCGCCCGGCACCAGAGCGAUUGAGCCAAACGAGUGCCUCGCCUUCGAGGAUAGCAUCGCAGGGGUCGAGGCCGCAAGGCGCGCCGGUAUGAGAGUUGUUUGGGUGCCGCAUCCUAUAUCGCUGAAUGAGUCCGACCGCACGCAACAGAGCAAGAUUUUGGCAGCUAGGUCUGGAAUGUUUGACCUUGGCGAUGAGCAUCAGCUGGGACAGAUAGACGAUGGAUGGGGCGAAUGCAUCCAAAGCCUAAGCGAAUUUGACUAUGAGAAAUAUGGCAUAUUUUGUUCAGAUCAAUAG